AUGAUCAAGUUGCUUAUCAAAACAUCAGUGCUGCUGGCUGCAGUCUUGUUGGUGAGAGCCGAAGACUCGCCGUGUCGCAGUGCCGCUGACAGUGUCCUGACGUGCGGGGAGGGGGCAGGGUAUAACAAGACCUGCACGCUGUGCGCCCGGACUGAGAACGGCACCCGGGCCAUGUGUUGGGAUGACCCAGUCCAUUGGCUUGACAUCCCUGAAGAAUGGGUGGAGGAUUACGGGUGGCAACCGUCCAGAAACCACCCCAUCAAUGCCCUCGACUGUUCGCCAGGCACGUACUGGGCCCCUGGACUGUUCGGCAUCUUCCAACUGUGGGGAACUCACUGGAUCGUCGUCGAUCUGCAGACUCGCCACAACAUCUACCAGAUUAGCAUCACGAAUGGAUACUACUACUUCCUCGGGGUCGGUCGUUUCACCCUCCUGAUGUCUGAGGUUGGAUCGCCGUACGACUGGGUGCAAGUUACGGGGUCGAAUUCGGUCAUAGACUACUCGCAGAGUCCGCAAAUCUUCGGAGGAUUCAGAGGAACCGGGCGGUACUUGAAAGUCACGCUGGCAACACACUCUGGGUGGCAUCCUUUCGUGGACAACGUGUGUUUCUAUGGCCACAAAGAUCUGGCAAUAGUUGAUUGUACAAGGAGCCAACUACCCGUCGACUGUGAUUUCAGCGGCACUGAAGAAGUCGUAUCCAAUAACACGGCAGCAGGACAACCGUGCUACGUGUCCGUGGACAUUCACGAGGGCGUGCGCAGCAUCGACAACCCUAUUCCUGUACUUCGCAGUGGCAACGUGACCCUUCAUUCUUUGGUGUCGUAUGAAUGUGAAAAUGCAUUUGAGGUGACGCUGGACUGGUCUGUCAUCGCGCCUGGUAGAGUCGCGUCCACCCACGAGGCAAACAAUGACGUGCUGAUGGACAGAGGCCUCCAACCUGACCGAGCCAACCUCUACUUUCCACCGGGAAGCAUGCCGCUGGGGGUCUUCUUGGUACAGCUUCAGGUGACCAUGGAAGUACCAGAGACCUACCACGUCAGCGUGGGAGUUGUCCAGACCUACGUAGAGUUUCUGCCGCUCCCCUUGGUGGUCUCUUUCGGUAAUGCAGAGAGGACUGUCGAGCGAGGCGAUUUUUGGGUGGACGCCAAGGCUGAGUCAUCGGACCCUGAAGGUCUGUUGAGCAACAGCGACUUUAGUUUCCACGACUGGAGGUGCGACGUCGAGUACCUUCCAGACAUGACACCUUACAUCUGCUUUGACAUCGUGUUGAACACCACCCUAAACUACAACGGCUCUCGGUACAAAGUGUACACAGGCGCCCAAACAGCUACAGACGCGGCGUACGAAUGUGCAAAGGAAGCCGGGUACCUGGCUACUCCGAACGACGAAGAAGAGUGGGCGGCGAUUUUACACCUCAACGACUGUGUUGAGGGUAGCAGAACUCGGACCAUCGGAAUCAUGGACGUUGACGGCGAUGGAAACUGGACGCUUUCGGACGGCAGCAACCUCACGUGGUCUGGUUGGGCACCUGGGUACCCAUCGUCCCCCGCGGCUGACGCAUGCGCACAAGUAACGCCUGGUGGUUGGGUCGACGUCUUCAGUUGCAGUCGAGCAAAUGAGUUCAUCUGCGAACUGCCCAUACGUGAUGACUGUCAUGUAAACGGGAACUAUCAUGGACCAAUAAGCCACACAGUUUUGGGGAGGACCUGUCAGACUUGGUUUUCUGUAUUCCCACAUCUCCAUCUGUUUCUCGGGGUCGCGCCUGGAAACCCAUGCCGGGACCCGUCCGGAGAUGGCCACCCGUGGUGCUUCACCAUGGACCCCAGCGUGAGAUCGGAACCUUGUCCGGUUCCUAGUUGUGCACACUACGAUGGGCGGUCGCCUUGCGAUGUCUUUCUUGGUCCGGAAUUGGGAGAUACCGAUCCAGACGGAGGAAGGUUACACUUUGCAGCACAUGGCGACCGGAAGCGGAACGCUCAGUUCAAGAUCAGCGUUGUGGUAACGGCAGAGGGGCGUCUUCCUGCCGAAACAUCGGUCAUCAUUCACACGGCAGGCAGAGACGACACGCCGGCGUACAAUAUGCAGUGCCAUACAAACUGCCUUCCGGACCACUUCAACCCAGACGAAGAACUGAAGCUCUUCACGCGAUCGCAUUACAAUCGCAUUAUCUUUUGGCUGGCUUUCAUUCCGAUAUUCGCCAAUACACCGACGGAAUGGGUCCUGCACGAGUCUCCGCCCGGUUUCUCUGGGUUUGACAGCAGUCAGCACGUGUCAUAUGAGUCUAAGACGUGGCUGGUCGUGCGCCCUGGGGUCUUCACGGUGCCAGGGUACUACACGAUAAGGUUGUUGAGCCACUGGUACUGGGACGACACCAGGGUCACAGCCUGGCGGUUCCGAGUUCUGCCCGAUCCCGUGCCCAGCUCCACUCGAGACGGCGACCCAGAUGAAACACCUACCGAUCAUGACGUCUGCACUGCCGUGCCGCUAGACAAGGCUUUCCACUUCUGCCUCAUGUGUGAAGAAUUUUUCGAUGUACUCGGACCAGUACAAAUGGAGAUCAAGUACGAGUUUGUCCCCGACGAAGUUGAAAUGGCGCAAGUCAAGUAUCCUGGAGAUGAUCCUCCUACAGAAAUCUUCGUCCUUCUGGUCGUAUAUUCUGGAUGGCAAGGUGCGAAGGAAAAGGCCUUCAUGAACUCCGUCAUUCCUGCUAAAGCAAUGGCCUCUUUAGCCAACAACGGAUCGGCCGUCAUGAGGCUGGUUGACAUUACCAUCGAGGCGAUGGCAGAGGCAGAGGGGGUAGUGGACGACUACGUGGGGCUCAUGGGCGUGGCAUCAGCAAUAACACUGUUGUCUGUAAACGUUUAA